AUAUCGUUAUUCUUUUAAGUUGAUACAAUAUAAAAUUCGGGCAACGCCUGUCGAAACGAUUGUCAUCAAUGACUGUAGUGUUUCGUAUUAUCUGUAUCAUCGGUUUGGAAUGCAACUUUCCGUCAAAAGAGAAGGUCAGGUUAACUUUCAAUCGUGUGGUUUAGAAAUUUGCACGUCAGUUAGCUGGCUUUUAAAAAAACUUGGGUGGUAUUUGUCAAUAUCUAAUUUUUGGUCCAAGAUGUCAAAUCCUGCAGAACGUUUAAACUAUAUUCAGGAUAGCAGUAGUGAUACAGAAACAGAUAAAGAAACGGGUGGUAGAGGACGUCAUCGUAUUUAUAAGAAUAGAAUGAGUUGUGGUGGCUCUUCAAAACCAAAAUCUUGUUUGGUACAAAGAGAUGGGAGCAAUGAAAGACACUGUCAUUCCUUCAAUUCUGGGAGACAAAAUACUAAUAUUAAUCAACAAAACAGACUUUGCUCUGGAGUUGGUGUUGGAAAAAAUCAACAAAAUCAAAGUAGAGACAAUUUACCAUCAUCAGGAUCUGUUACUGGUAUAAAUAAUCCACAAGCAAGUGAUGAACGCAUUACUCUUAUUGUUGAUAAUACUAGAUUUAUUGUUGAUCCUGCAUUAUUUACUGCACAUCCAAAUACAAUGUUAGGUAGAAUGUUUAGUUCUGGAGUUGAAUAUGCUCAACCAAAUGAGCGUGGAGAAUAUGAAGUUGCAGAUGGUAUAUCUGCUAUGGUGUUUAGAGCUAUUCUUGAUUAUUAUAAAGGUGGUGUAAUUCGAUGUCCUCCGACAGUUGCUGUUCAAGAGUUA